AAAAAUCUUGGAUUCAGAACUUGUAUCAAAAUGUCGGUAUGAAAUGUAAAGCAAAGAGUAAAGGUGACCCAAAGGCGGUAGUUUAAUUGUGCUUUCUCUUGCGAAUCGAUUUUUCCUUCUAUUGUCACUCUUACUCGAGUUAUGAGCAAAGAGUAUGAGUUAUGAGUGUAGAAUGUUUUUAGUGCAACUGUGUGGUUAACUUUUUUUUCACAUAUGUUUUGUCAUUUCACCGGAAAACGUUUGAAUUUUCUUUAUUUCGAAUGCUAAUUAAAAACGUGAGGAUUUUUGAAGUUCAAAUUUCAUUUCUACAGUAAAAGGAGGCCUUUGGUCGGGAAGGAAUAGAAAAUUCGUGAAACGCUUUAACUAUUCCAGAGGGAGCACAAACGACUAUUUCAGUAUUUGUACUUUGCGUUCCAGGGAUGUGAAUAAAAAUAUUUGUAUUAGUGUGUGGUAUAUGAUAUUCCUAGUAAUGCUGUGCUGUUAGUGUCUUGCUGAAUGCUACUCUUAUUUGUGAUUGGUAUCAGUGAAGCGCACUGGUGUGAUUUAUGCUCACUGUAGUCUGUGUACCACAUUCCAUAGUGAAGGAAAAUACGAUUACAGAUGUAAAAUGGAUAGUGUACACCAACAAUGGGCUGUACUGCUACGUCGUAGUGCUGACGAUCAUGACGUACAACGAGUGUUAGUCAUUGCAAAUGCUCUCCAGUGGAUAGAUAUUGUACAUUCUUUAAACGCUUGGGUACAACGUGGUGUCAGAGCAAAAUCUUUCCAUGAUAUCCAACCCGUCGCAUUUCUCAAUCGGUGUCAAUCUGUGACGUUCUCCUCCGUGUUCAACAUGGCCAUAACCGAGCAACAGUACUUUGAGGACGGCUGUCUCCUGGUGGAUUCUCUGUGGGCUGACAUGGGAGGACCUCGCACGCAUUCCAACGUACUUACCACGGUGACGGCUUUUAAAAACGAAGACGAAGACGAAGACAAGGACGAAAGACGAAGACGAAGACGAGCGAAGAGAAAUGCGAAAGACAAGAAGAAUAGACGAAGACGAAAGACGAGCGAAAGAGAAAGACGAAAGACGAACGAAGACGAAGAGGACGAAAGACGAAGACGAAGGCAGGCGAAGACGAAAGACGAAGACGAAGACGAAGACGAAGACGAACGAAGACGAAAGACGAAAGCGAAAGGAAAUACGAAGAAAAAACGAAGAGACGAAAGACGAAGAGAAACGGACAGACGAAAGACGAAGACGGAAAGAGACGAAAGACAGAAGACGAAUGACAGAAGACAAAAGAGGAAAGACGAAGCGAAAGACGAAAGACCGAAUAGACAAGAAACGAAACAAAACGAAGACGUAAGACGAAGAGAAGCGAGAAAGACGAAUACGAGCGAGAAGACGAACGAAAAACGAAAACAGGAACGAAGACGAAAAGACGAAGACGAAAGACGAGACGAAAGACGAAGAGAAAGAAGCGAAGCGAUAACGAAGACGAAGACGAAGACGAAGACGAAGAGCGAAGAACGAAAGACAGAAGACGAAGACGAAAGAAACAAACGAAGACGAAGACAAAGGAACGAAAGCGAAGACGAAAGACGAAGACAAAAGACGAAGAAGAAGACAAGACUGAAGGACGAGACGAAAGACGGUAACGAAGAACGAAAGACGAAGACGAAAGCCGAAGAGAAAGACGAAGACGAAAACGAAAGACGGAAAGACAGACGAGACGAAAGACGGAGACGAGACGAAGAGGAAAGAGAAGUCAAGAAAAGACGAAUACGAAACGACAAAAACGAAGACCAAAGACGAGACAAAGACGAAGAACGAAAGACGAGACGAAAGAGAAGACGAAAGACGAAACGAAAAAGACGAAGACGAAGACGAAGACAAAGACGAAGAGAAAGACGAUAG